AUGGUUGCUCUAGCUCUAAGAACUGGAUCGCCCUGCUGUUCCGGCCCCGACCUCGACGAUUCGAGGGCGAGAUAUCGCUCCAACUUGCUGAUUCACAGGUAUGGGAAGCUUGGAAACCUGGAGCUUGCGCGCGAGGCUUUUGAGGCCAUCAAGCAUCCCAAUGUUUUCUCGUGGAACCUUUUCAUCGCGGCGUGUAUUGACAAUGGGAACUUGCGGGAAGCAAGAGAGGUGUUUGACAGGAUGCCUGCGACGGACAAGGACAUUGUGUCCUGGAACACAAUGCUGCGUGGGCAUUUCCAGCUCGGUAACCUUCGUGAAGCUAUGGCGGUGUUUCAAAAGAUGCCGGAGAGGGACGUCGUUUCGUGGACUACUGUUCUUGCUGCAAAUGCCCAAGAAGGGCAUUUUGACGUUUCAAUCGCCUUGUUUAAUACGAUGCCCGUACGUAGCGUGGUCAGCUGGAAUACUCUUUUGCAAGCGUACACAUUGUUCAAAAAGAUGGAAGAGGCUCGCGAUUUGUUUUUCUGCAUGCCUUACCGAGAUGUUUCAACGUGGAACACAAUGAUAGCUGGAAAUGCCGUAGCGGGGCAUUGUGCUGAGGCUCAAACAUGCUUUAAAUCCAUGCCAGAGAUGGACGUGGUUUCUUUCACGGCAAUGAUGAAGGCCUUUGGCGAGGCUGGGGACUUGCAAGGAGCGCAAAAAGUAUUUGAUUCCUCUCCCGCAAAGAACAUCGUGUGCUGGAGCGCCAUGGUAACCGCGUAUGCCCAGCGUGGGCAUCUGGAAGAUGCUAAGUGCCUGUUUGACAGGAUGCCCGAAUGGAACACGGUGGCCUGCUCGGCCUUGAUCUCGGCCUACGGCCAACAGUUCCAUCUCGAGGCAGCCACGCAGGUGUUCUUCGAAUACAUGGCUGAGUGGAGCACGGUUUCCUGCAAUGCUCUCUUGACCGCUUACUCCAAAAGCCGCCACCUCGAGGCAGCCAUAGCGAUGUUCGACGCCAUAGCCUACCGUAAUGUGGGAUCCUGGAACUCGCUGCUCGCAGCCUACGCCGAUAACGGGAGUCUCGAGAACUCAGCGAAGGUAUUUGCAAUGAUCCCCGACCGCGAUCCCGUGUCCUGGAGCUCCAUGAUCACAGCCUACGCUCGAUCCGGGCGCUGCAACGAAGCCACCCAAACCACCCAGCUGAUGCAGCUCCAAGGCUUGGCGCUGGACAGCAUCGCAUUCCUGGGCAUCCUCAACGCUUGCAAGCAACGGGGGCUCUUGCGGGAGGCUUACUCGUACCUGGGGCUCAUGGUGGCGGAGCACGGCAUGGAAGCGUCGGCGGAGCACUAUGGAGCGGUCGUCGACGCCCUCGCCGGAUCGGGGCUCUUGGGCUGCGCCGAGGAGCUCGCCGCCAGCCUGCCGCUGGGAUUGGACGCCGCCGGGUGCGCGUCACUGCUGGGAGCUUGCCGGAUCCACUGGGACGUGAGCCUUGGAAGGCGGGUUGCGCGAAGGAUGAGCUCCAGCAGCCCCGCGCUCUACGUAACACUCUCCAAUGCAUAUAGCAGCUGA